AUGGGUGUUUUCGACUCUGCAUAUUACACUGACCUACUAUUGAAUGGUGUUGAUGAAUCUCAAGAUCCAACACCUCCUACUGAUGCAAGAAGCCAACAUGGACAUGCAACGACAAAGAGUACUCGGGGUAGAAGCAAAAUUUUUAGAAAUGAGGAGGAUAUUCUUCUUGUGUCAGCAUGGCUGAAUGUGGCCAUGGAUCCUAUUCAAGGAGUUGAUCAAAGUCAUGGCACACUAUGGACAAUGAUACACGAGUAUUUCAUUGCAAACAAGACAUUUAAGUCUAAUCGUUCCGAAGGAUCGUUAAUGAACCGUUGGUCAGUUAUACAACAUGAUGUCAAAUUGUUUUGUGGUUGUCUGUCUAGGAUUGAGGCUCAGAACCAUAGUGGUUGGUCGGUUUAUGACAAGAUAGCAAAUGCAUGUGUUAUGUUCAAGGCCAAAGACCCAAAGAAGACGAAGUUUUCGUACUUGCAUUGCUGGAAGAUUUUGAAGGACAAACCCAAGUGGAUAGACAGGCGGAAGGAAAUCAUAAAUGCCAAGAAGAUAAGUUGUAAGGAAAAGAAGACGUUGGCUACUUCUUCGGCAAUAGUAGCGGCGCAAGACGCCCCUGUUGGUGGUCCUUGUGAUGGUGAACCAGCCACAAGACCUGACGAUAAGAAGAAGGAGAAACAGAAGCUCCGACAAUGUUCGACCAUCGAAGCAGUUGAUUAUCUAAUGGAAAAGAAGAAAGAAACUGAUCACGAGAAAGAAUUGAAGAAAGAAGAGAGGUUCAACAAAGCCUUUGCUCUGCAGGAAGAAAGAAUAAAAUUAGAGAAAGAAAAGUUUGAGUUCAAGAGACAGAUGGAAGAGGAGAGAAUUAUUGGGUUGGAUUUGAGCACCAUGAACUACAAACAACAGCAAUAUUAUGAACGACGUCAGAAUGAGAUCCUUGAUAGAUGCUUGAAUAAUUAG